GGGACUUUAAAAAAGUCACUCUGCUAUCCCUAUCACUUGCCAGCCACUGGGCACUCUGCUAACACCCCUCCCUCUCUCUCUUCCUCUCUCUCUCUCUCUGUCUCCCCCCCACCAAAAAAAAACUGAAGGGAGGUGUCAGCAGCUGAAUCAAGGAGGACACUAUCUCAGCAGCAGAAGCACAAGGCAGUUUUGAUGCAAAGGAUUUGAACCCAGGGGUGACUUGCUGCAACUCAGAGGGUCCUGACUACCACCUCCACCAUCACCACCACUACCCAGUGCAAGUACCUGGAGCACCCUCUGCAUUUCCACAAAAAAAAGGGACUUUGCUGCUUUUAUUUUUAUUUUAUUGUUUUGCCCAGUUUUGGGGGCAUUUUUGAGACCUCUGCCAUUCUUCCUGGUAGUCAGCCUGGCACACAGCUGUGAUGACCCUGUCUGGUACCAGCUGUGCCAGUAACAUGUCCGGGCAGACCGUGCUGAGCGCUGAAGACGUGGACAUUGACGUGGUGGGUGAAGAAGAUGAAUCCCUGGAGAAGGACAGUGAUUGUGAGAGCCACCACGGGCCUCUGGAGGAGGUGGAGGACCUGGUGGUGGGCAAGGAACUCUCCAGGAGCCCCUCAGAGAGUGCCAACGAGGCAGAGGGCAAAGGAGACCUCCAGGAGGGCAGUGGUGCGGGUACCCUGCAGAGCAAACCCAAAAGCAGCCUGGUGAAGCCCCCUUACUCCUACAUUGCCCUGAUCACCAUGGCCAUUCUGCAGAGCCCCCAGAAAAAGCUGACCCUCAGUGGGAUCUGUGAAUUCAUCAGCAACCGCUUCCCCUAUUACAGAGAGAAGUUCCCAGCCUGGCAGAACUCCAUCAGACACAAUCUCUCCCUAAAUGACUGCUUUGUCAAGAUCCCCAGGGAGCCUGGCAACCCUGGCAAGGGCAACUACUGGACCCUGGACCCACAGUCUGAAGAUAUGUUUGACAAUGGGAGCUUCCUCAGGAGAAGAAAAAGAUUUAAAAGGCAUCAGCCGGACAACCUCAGGGAGCAGACUGCACUCAUGAUGCAGAGUUUUGGGGCUUACAGCCUGGCUAGCCCCUAUGGACGCCACUAUGGACUUCACCCUGCAGCCUACCACCACCAUGCUGCUUUGCAGUACCCCUACAUCCCCCCAGUGGGGCCAAUGCUUCCCCCAACUGUACCCUUAUUGCCUUCCAGUGAACUCAGCAGGAAAGCAUUCAACUCUCAGCUCAGCCCCAGCCUGCAGCUACAGCUCAACAGCCUCAGCACAGCAGCCUCUAUCAUCAAGUCUGAACCCAGCAGCAGACCUUCUUUUAGCAUAGAGAACAUCAUUGGGGUCUCUGCAGCCUCUAGUGCUGCUGCACAGACUUUCCUGAGACCCCCAGUGACAGUCCAGUCUGCACUGAUGAGCCAUCAACCCCUCUCCAUAAGUAGAAGUACAGCUGCCAUCACCCCAAUUUUAAGUGUCCCCACAAAUCUUAUAUCAGGACAGUUCUUACCCACAGUAGCUAAAUGGCCGGCUCAAUAAUGAGUGGUGGGGACACACAUACUCACAGACUAUGAACUUAACACUUCACAGGAACACCACUGAAAAGCCAGCACUCUGAUCUGAACUGUAGUGUAAAACUGUAUAAAUCUGGAAGGCUCUUUGUGCAGG